UUAGUAACAUUUGCAGGUAUGAACUUGAAGCAUAGUUUUAUUUACAACAGGGUUAAAAUACAUUCUUACAGGUGAUGUUAUACAUAAGAGAACACCAGACGCACCAUGCAUCCUUUAACGUGGACUGAGGAAAUUCGUUCUUAUCAGUUUCCCGCAGAUUUAACAUCCAGUUUUAGUGAUGAUGGGGACGAUUCCGAGGGAGGGUCCAGCCAAGACCACAAUGGCAAAGAUCUGUCAAAACGGGGUAGGCCCAGGGCAGAUGCCAUUUCCUCGUUAGUGCAAGAAGGAUCAUCGUCGGGUAACGCAAUACGGUGUCAAAUAUGCAGCAGAGUAUUUCCACGAGAAAAAUCACUCCAGGCUCAUUUGCGAACACAUACAGGUGAGAGGCCAUACCCAUGUGACUUCCCAGGAUGUGGAAAGGCUUUCUGUCAAAGUGGACAGCUGAAAACACAUCAGAGGUUACAUACCGGAGAGAAGCCAUUUGCUUGUUCUGUUUCAGGCUGCAAAAGCACCUUCACCCAUGCCAACCGUCACUGCCCAAAUCAUCCUUAUGCUACUCUGCAGCGAGUUCAUACCGAGAUCAGCCUUCUCCAACUGAGCCUUAAAACGGACAACAAGAUGAUCCAAGAAUGGUUAACAAAGUAUGCUCAACAAAAACAGGAACGAACAUCCACAAAAUCGAAAUCGAAGAACGUGAAAAGGAAAUAUGAAGAAACAGCAUUGGUACAACGAGAGGAGCAGAAGUCCAACUCUGACCCUCUGAGCUCACCGGUACAACACGCAGAACAGCACGACAAGUGGAUUUCAGCUCUGGCACUCAUAGAACUGGCCAGGGGUCACAGAUCAUCACAGCUUGGAAUUCUUAGCCACUAAAUAUAACAGAGACUCCAAGUUUACAACAAAAAAGCAAUCAUUUUGAUAUUGGCUGGUUGCUUCCUUCUAGAAAAUUAUGUGAGAGAAUUCAAAAGAGAGGUCACAACUUCACAGUCUGUGAAUAUAUUUUAUAUAUUUAUAAGCAAUCCAGAAAUUGUGUUUUUAACCAUUAUAAUAAUUUAACCUUGUUCUUUGAGAUAGUGUUAUUUUAAAAAUGAGCUUACAAACAAUUAACAUAAUAACAUAAUUGGGAAUUUCAGCUGUGUUUAUGGUGUGGGAUAGUAGUGUUGAGAAAAGUUGCAAAAAGAAAUCGGUACUUAGUUACCAGUAUUAAAAAAUAGGAUUCAAAAUCCCUGCUCUGAUAAAUAAAAAUAUACUUUUACUUCCAUAUCAGGAAAAAAACCCUAAUUAAACCAGACAUCGGAAUAAGAAAUAUGUCUGGUAACCCAUGUACAGGUUACCACAAAAUACAGACCUAGAAAACUUAUAGGUUACCACACAUUUAUAUUUCAAUUAUUACUGUAAAAUACCUUCAGAGACACACAAAUACGUUGUUAUUCAUCCAUCCCACUGUUCUCAUUGUACUGACACUGUGUGUGUAUCUAAAUAACACUCAGUUGAUCAAAAUUUAGGUGGUGUAAUUUUAUUUUAAUAAGAUUCUAUGAAGAACGAAGUACCAAUCUCGACUACCUUGAUAUGUGGUAACCUGAACAACCGUUCUUGACUUAUUUUGAUUCCUGUGAAACCAAUAAACAAUGAAUUUGUUCAUGUAGUGUAACAUAAUUUCUGGAUUGAUCAUUAAUAAAUACAAUGUAUUUAUGUUUUUGUUUUUUCUGAAAAUGAAAUAUUAUUUAUUCCAGAAGUGUUCAUUAUAAUGCUUUGCAACUUUUUGUGCUCAGCAUUUUUAUGCUGCCGUCCAUUCCAUGAAUUUGCGAUAACAUUAUAACCCACAAUUUUAUAUAUAUAUAUAUAUAUAUAUAUAUGUGUGUGUGUGUUUGUGUGUGGAUUAUUUAUUUAUUUAUUAUUCAAAUAAGUAAAUUAAAUUAAAUAUUGUAAUUAGUAAAUAUUUAUUAAGUAGCCAGUAACAAUGUGUUUAUAAUGACAUUAGCAUACUCAUGUUUUUUUCUUAGAAUACAAAGAGUGAAUAACAGCUUUUUAAUAUUGGUGAAAAUAAAUAUUAACUUAAAGAUAAAAUGUUUCAUGUUUUGGCCACAUUUUAAAUAACCGUAAUUAAACUUAUAAAUAAAAAAAUAUGCAGGAAUGUUUUUACACAUGUCAAACAUCACUAAAAUAUGAGGCAAUUAUUAUUUUAACAAGUAUAAGUCGAUGAUGCAGGUAACUUACAUUUGUAUCAAGGCCAACCGUACAAACUAAAAUGUUUAUUGUGAUCCAACUCACCAAUAAAAAUUAGCCCAACUAAUUUUUCAGCUCUAAAUUUUAUCUUUUAUUAUUUCAUUAAAUUUCGAAACAAUAAAUAAAAGAAAAAACUGACAGAAGACUAAAAUGAUUAGUAUAGUUAGGAAAGAUAUUGUGUAAAAUGUGUUUAAAAUAUGGAGGAAUUGUAAGAUGUGAUUUUUGUUUUUGUUUAUGAUGGUGCAUGAGAAUGCUGAUUCUCUUAAGUAGAAUGACGAUUCUCUUACGGUAAGUAUAUGUAUUUUGUAUUCAACUGUGUUAUAAUGCCGUCCACUAUUAUUAUGCUUUACAUUUAUAUUUGCCGUCCACAAAACGUUUAUAUGACUUAACAGUUUUAUUUAUAUAUUUAUGAAUAAAUUAUAACCAUUUUAGACCCUCUUUUAGGGUCAUUAAAUCAUUCCAUCCAUUAUCAAUACAUGUAUACAUGAAGUAGAUAUGAUAUUAAUAGCAGAUAAAACAAAUUCAACUUUAUUGAAAUCAAUUUUAAUGAUUAGUAUUGUAGUAUUUAACUAUGAAAAAUAAUAACUUACAUUCCAGUCUGGUUAUACUGGUUACAUAAAAUACAUGAGCAUAGAGUUUUGGACAUAAUUAGUUAUUACGGUAUAUUGUAUUAACAUGGAAAAAUACACUGUCACAUUGUUUAUUGAGUUUACUCAAAUUUUUGUUUUUAAAAAUAAAUGUUUGUUUGUCUUUUUUUAUUCUGUUAUGAUAGCAUGUUAUUAAAUACUGCUAUAAUUAUAUGAACAAUUGUUUUAGCUGUCGUAAAUCAUAUAGAAAUGUUCAUACAGAGAAGUCAUGGAAAUCAAGAAAAACAUAAUGAGUAACUUUUGAAUAUAAAAUACUUUUAUUUAUUUAAUUAUUCAGGUAUAAUAUAUAUAUCAUACACUUGUGUAUAUGGAUGUAUAACACAAUAUAUAGUGUGGAAAGUGUGUAACAUGUCACAUGAACGGAAUACGAUUCCUUACACUAACAUACAUGUAGAGUUCCCACAUUUACAGUCUUCCACAAAGUGAAGUCGAAAUUGGAAGAUUUAUCGUAUUUUGUUAUGCAUAUAUUAAAGAAAAACACAUUUUUAGAUUUGCCUGUGUACAUCUCAGUUUUACAGUUCUUAGGGCAGAUUUAAGAUAUGACCUACAAAGGGGUGUGCUAGAUUUGUACUGGCUCGUAAUGGUGCAUAUUAUUCAAUGAAAGUUACAUUUCUUAACAUGGACAAAAGCUAUUAUCACAAUUUACACACACACACACACACACACACACACCCCAAGGUAUGAUUAAAUAAAUAGUGUGGUGGGAUCACUUUAAUUCCACAGGGUAAAUACUUGCUUAAACAAAAAAAAAAAAAUUUCAUAAGGAUUUUUUUUUUCUCAAUGGCCUGUCGCAUCCAUUAGGUACAGCCAUGUAAUAAAAACAUUGGGUAGAAGUUUAGCACUUAUUUAUAAGGUCUCAAAUCCCCCUGCCCAUCAGUUCCCAUUUGUGUUCAGUGUUGAGUUUUAAUACAAUGAUGUAAAGAAGAGUUUUAUAAAAGAGUUAUACAUUUUUUUUAAAAACCCACCCACUCUUCAUGACCCUCUUUUCGCUGUAUGGUGAAAUAUAACAGCUUUAUUCAGAGUUGCAUGUAACCCGAUACUGUAUGUUAUAAACUAGGAAGCACACAAAAAACAAGCCACUUACUGGAUCGGUUUACCAGUUGUUAAACGUCCAACACAGCAUGUGCACGUAUACACAUUUUAUCUGUAAGUUUUGUAAAACUGUUGUCAAAAUUUGAAGUACAUAAACAUGAAAUUGUGUUGCAGUCAAAUCUGUUUUCAUAACCAAUUUUAAUACUGAAUUUUAAGUAUGCCAGAUUUUAGCUCUUAAUUUUUUUAGCUCUUAAUUAACUAUUCAACUGAUUCACUUCUAAAAAAAUAUUUUUACCAGUUAUAUACCUUUUAAGUGUACAUAAUGUUUUAUGUUUAAAAAUGUAGUAAUGUUUUUAAGGGUAUUCUAAUCAACAAAUAACAAAUGUAAGUUAUUAUUCACAGUUUAAUUAUAUUCUAGCUGUAAACUUGCUGCUUUUACAUACGUUUAAAUUAGAAUAUUGAGAAGUGUGCAUUUCUGUUAUCUUAUUAUUAAUGUUUGCUCUAAUCAUUUUUAAUAACGGUAAUGACAUAUACAUUCCAGCUGUACAGCUUUUUAAACCUUCCAUGAUCACGUUUUAAUCAUUCUGUGGGAUUACUUAAUUUUUUGUUUUAUAUAUACAUGUAUAAUUUUUUUAAAAACAAUUAUCCUGACAUGGGGAUUUUUUCUUUCUUUUUUCUAUUCGUAUAUUUAUUUUCACAUUUAGCAAAAUAAUUUUAUGUCACAUUACUGCAUAUCUUUAUUAUUUUAAUUUAUUUUUUAUUUAUCUUUGUAUAAGAAUUUAAUAUAUUUCAUUUUAUUUUGUAAUAUGACUAAUUUUAUAUUGUGCCACUAUUAGACAUAGUAUUUGACACAAAAGAAAUGAUUUAAAUCAGACUACUGAUAAUAUUUAUAAAAUAAAAAAAUAGUUUUCGAUGAAAACACCGUAAAAUUCAAUGUUCAUAAUCAAACGAAAUGGUGGGAAUACAAGCUAGUAAUUUAUAAAACAGAGAACGCUAACUUGGGAAUAAGAAUACUAUUUGUGGAAAAGUAGGAACUGACCAAUAGGAUAACAAUGACAAUGAUGAAUGCUGAGAUAUAAAAAAAAGUAUUAGUUGUUGAAACCAGUAGGGCCGUGUUUAUUUAUGUAUUAUAUGCAAAUACUUUCGCAAAAGAAUUUAUUCUAAAUUUAUCAGAUCAUAAUAUGUUGUGGAUAUUUUCACUAAUAUAUAUAUAUAUAUAUAUAUAUAUAUAUAUAUAUAUAUAUAUAUAUAUAUAUAUAUAUAUUGUACAAUACUCAGGGUUUAAGCUGGACAAAAGACAUUGUUACACAUGAAUGUUGUUUGCACAUAUGUAUACAAAUUCAGUUCAUUUUGGCCAGGAAAAAAAAGAAGUAAAAAACGAAAGACUCAUUUACCAUGUUAAUUACUGGAUUAGCCUUUUUAAAAAUUAUCAAAUAUAUACACAAAUAAGAGAUAAAAAAUUAAAUUGAAUUUUUAAAAUCCAGAAACUAUAUACAUGAAUAAGAGAUGAACAGUGAAUUUGGAUUAAAAGAUCCCAGAAACUCUACAGUGACAUGAAUAAAAGCAGGAUCAAGAGAAGUUUUUAGUAACGCUGAAAUAAAAAUCUCAAUCAAAAUCUGAAUCUUUUUCAUAUUUGACCUUAGUGAACAUGCUAAUUCUUGAAGUAGCCUUUUGACAAAUUUAUUACUAACUACAUUCACCAAAUUUCACUUGAUUUUGGAUUGGACAAACUUCAGCUUAAACCCAAAGUAUAUCGCAAAUUGUUUUUCUCAAUAUUUUGAAUUUGUUGUCACUUUAGAUUGCCGUCCAUGUUAGUUUUCUUUUCUGUAGCAAUUUGUGUUCAUAUUACCGUCCAUUGCUUCACAAAUGUGUUGCAAACAAUGAAGUGUUCAAUUUGUAUUACAGUGCUAACAAUACAACACAGCCAAGCAGAAAUGGGACAGCUUAUAAGUCUGAAGGAUGAACCUUAAGUCUGAAAACUAUUGGUCCCCAAUCAUUCAUUUAUCAGCAUUUUGUGAUACCAUAAUUUGAAGCACAUUUCACUAAUCAUUGUAUAUGUAUUAGUAUUCAGUCAUUUACAAAAAAAAUAAAAAAAACCUUCAUUCUUAUUGACUUGUAAAUUUACUGUACCUUGUCAACGUCAUAUAUGCCUGUUCAAUGGACCUGUCUUGGACAGAACAGUUUUCUGAUGGUAUUAUUCUAUGUGGCAAAAGUGAGUUUCUGCUCAUCCUCAGACAAUUCAAAACAUAAAAGCCUCAUCAAAUCACACAGCUUGUUCCAGACAAAACAAAAAUCAUCUAUAAUUUCUGAAGAGAUAUGUUGAGACUUAUUUAUUCAUAUUGUUAUAUAAAUGUCACCAAAAUGUGUUCAAAUAUUUAUUGCGUCAGUUGACUGGUGUUCAUCUCACAUUUAAAUAGCCAUUAAUCUGUACCAUUUUCAUGGAAACGGAUCUAUAACAUACUUUGUUGAAAAAUCCAUUUUGCUUUUUUCGCAUUGAAAAUGGUGCUUAGAUUCCAUAUUUUAAAUACCAUUUUGCUUUAUUUGUUGGAAAGUAACUGAAGCUUAUGAAAAUUGUAUGUACUGCAUCCAUUAUUUCAAAAUUCAUUGAAAAGAUAUUUUUUAAAAGAUGACUUCUCAUCUUAAAUGGCUGGAAUAAUUAUUUUUAAAAUCUAAAUAUUCAAUGAACCAUGCUUCAAGGAUAUAUAAAAAAUAUAUAACUAAUUAUUUAAAAAUGGUCUCAUUUAUACAUAUACAAACAUAAAUUUACAGACUAUCGGCCAUAAUUGGCAAAGAUAUUUUCUGUUUGGCAUUUAUGCACAGAUUUGACUAAAAUGUUUUUUUUAGCUUUGUACAUAAAUUUCAUUUAAAAUUUCUUUAUAUAUAUAUAUUCUGGGUUUCUGCCAGAGGGUAAAAUGGGUAUGGCGCCAUACCCAAAUUUUUAUUUUUUUAA